AUGUCUGAGGGGUAAAAAAAAUCAAAGACCUCUGCCUCUCGCAGGCUGGCUCUAAAGACCAAACUGCUGAAGAUGGCGACGGUGAUGUUGGAGAAGGAGAAGGAGGCGAAGAAGCUGGAGAGAGAAAGUUCUUUGAGUGAGCGAGUCCCUUCAGUCCAGCUGUCGGGUUUGUCCAUGCAGGACCUUCAGGCUGUGUGCAAAGACCUGUACCAUAAGAUUGAUAAAGUGGAUGACGAGCGCUACGACAUUGAAGCCAAGGUGGUGAAAAAUAGCAAGGAGAUUGAGAAUCUGUCUCAGAAGAUCGUCGAGCUGAAGGGCAAGAUGAAGCGGCCCACUCUGAAGAAGGUGAAGGUCUCAGCCGACGCCAUGCUGGGAGCGCUGCUGGGCUCCAAGGUGAAAGAGUCCGUGGACUUCAAGGCCAACCUCAAGACUGUGAAGAAAGAGGAGGAGAAGAAAGAGGAGACUGACUGGCGUAAGAACGUUGAGGCCAUGUCGGGUAUGGAGGGCAGGAAGAAGCUGUUUGAUGCAGGACAGUAG